GGCGCCAGCCCGGAAGGGCCACGCGGAGAAGCACGUCCGGGUGGCGGCGGCCGGUGGCGGCGCUGGAUUUCCAGUUUCCAUGCUUAAUAUUGAUGAUCUUGAAAGUUCAUUUGGAUACAAGACGUUUUCUAUCACUGAACAUAUCAAGAGUCCCCUCUCCUGUCCCAGAGUAAUACAGACAGCUUAAUAUCAUAUGACCUCGUUUCUUCAAAUUAAAUGAAAAAAGAAUUUUCUCUAACCUUCCAUGAAGCUCAGCUACUGUCUGUUAAUUUUGACCAUUAGUGUUGGUCUUGCGAUUGGAUUUACCGUGGAAAAUGUAGUUUCUAACAGGACAGUUGUUUUGGGGUCCUUCAAUACAUCACUUCAUCCGGUAUUUCAAGCUUUAAUAAACUCUCCAGCGCACCGUGAUAUCAUAGCCAAGGAGGGGACCAGUGUUUUAAUCGAAUGUAAAGUGAACGUCAGUCAAUAUGAAUAUAUUCUUUGGUAUAACUCCAGAGGACACCUGCUUGAACAAAAAGAUGAAGGUGGACGGUGGUGGAUUGCUGAUUAUUCCCUCAAUAUCACAAAGGUCAAAUUUGCUGACCGGGGGCGAUACACAUGUGCAGCUGUUAAUCGUAAUGACACCUUGUUUUACACGGUCACCCUGAGGGUUAUCUUCACCUCAGGAGACAUGAGCAUCUACUACAUGAUUGUAUGCCUAGUUGCCUUUGCCAUCACCCUCAUUUUAAACAUCACGCGUCUGUGCAUGAUGAGCAGUCACCUCCGCAAAACAGAGAAGGCUAUUAAUGAGUUCUUCAGGACGGAAGGGGCUGAGAAGCUUCAGAAGGCUUUCGAGAUAGCCAAGCGUAUUCCUAUCAUUACAUCUGCCAAAACGCUAGAGUUGGCCAAAGUCACUCAGUUUAAGACCAUGGAGUUUGCUCGAUACAUUGAAGAGCUUGCCAGAAGUAUUCCCCUUCCACCACUGAUCCUUAACUGCAGGGCGUUCAUGGAAGAGAUCUUUGAGGCGGUGCGAGUUGAUGAUCCCGAUGAAGUUGGUGAGGAGGUGAAACAAACCCAAGCCUGUGGUACCCAAGCUGCGAUAUAUCCCAUCAACCCGGAGAUCAAGCGCAGUGAUUCACCAGCCGGGGAUUCAGAUGAUGGGUCCAUGAAUGAACAAGGCCAAGAGAUAGCUGUUCAGGUGUCCAUUCACCCGCAGUCAGAAGUACAGAGCAUUGACACAGUCUCUCAUGACAGUUGCCAGUUUGCUCCUUCUGAGGAGGGCAGCUGCUGAGUCCAGUGAUACACUGUGGUGAAAGAAGUGCAGGUGACUCUAGGAUACUGCAAGAAAGAGAUCUGCAAAAAAGCUGCCUCAGUCCCAUAUGCACAAGAAUUUUCUUCUCCAAAAUACAAGGUGCCAGAACUACUACUGAAAUCUGUAUUUUCCAUCGGUUUUUCUCAGUGUUGAUGUGAUGAUUUCAAGUCUGUAAGGAAAGGCCAUUUGGAAUAUUGUGCAGUGGCUUUUUUUAAAGUAAGCAUAGUAUACUAAAAAUAUUUAUAAAACAGGAAUUCUUUGUCCUCAACUCCUUGGUAGCUUCUCAUACUAUAUUAGAAGUGGCCAAGCUGAGCAAAACAGCUUGCAAUAAGCUUUUCCUUUGUGAACUCUUUCUUCCUUCACAAAGUGAAACCUGAAUUCCUUUUAGUUAAUGUUGUCCUGAUGAAUUGUGUGCUGUUUCUGAAUCGCCUGUUGAUGUGUGUAGCCCAUCAGAACCAUGGUGAGCUCGAACAAAUCUGUUUUGUGUCGUGUGCUUCUGUGUUGCUAUCAAAAUAUACUUUGCUUAGAAAAAGAAUAGUACCAGGAUCUGCUGCUGAAUUAAAUGAAUUGUAGUUUCAAAGCAGCUCAGAGAUCAACCAGGGGGUCUCAGUUUUCCACACACCUGCAGAAAACUUUUGUAUGCUCUAGUGUGUGGAAAGCAAAUUGUUGUUGCAAAGUUUGUCAUUUAAACUCGGUGCUGAUUGCCAAAGCGCCUUACCCUGAUUCUGUCUUACAGAAUGGAACAGUUAGUCAGUAUUGCUGAUACUGUCUUUCUUUUGACUGCUGAUUUCACGCACUAUUGAAAAUCCAAAGUAUUGUGUCGUAUUUUACAUUGUUGUGAGAAAGGAAUGACACAGUGGUCAUGUAGUGGCAAGGUUUAAAAAUGAACUAAUUAAUCUACAGAUUAGAAAUCUCAGGCAGUUCUUUCUGAAAAAAAUAAUAAAAGAGAGGAAAAGUAAUGACACUUAUUCACUUAGCUCUGGCUAGUACUUUCAGAAAGCAGUGGAAGAGAGAGUGCUUAGCGGAGGGGCUGGCUGAGCCCUCAGUUCUGCUGUUUGCCAGCCCUUGUUUACAGGAGCGGAGUAGCUCUCCGAACAUACCCUCUCCCAUCCGCUGAAGAGGAGCAGCAGAAGGGAGAGGCGCGGGUGCUGACACACAUCCAUACGUUCUUAACCAAGGAUUCUCCCACGCGCGUUCCUCAGCUGCAGAGAUCCAGCCUCGAGGAAUCAGAGUGCAGGAAAGAAUCUAGUCUCCUCGUUCACUCUUUGGUGCUGAUUUUUUUUCUCCUUGACAUUUAUAAGUUGCAUCACUUAAAUAGCAUUUUAUAUCCUGUUGAGAUUUAGUAGACGUAAGGCUUGUAAGCACUCCACAAAUUAAUUUUGUACAACUACUGGAAGCAUAUUGCCAUAUAAUUUUAACAACUUGGCAACAGGAGCACCAUUUAAUUUCCCACAACUCUUUUUUCUUUUCCUUAUUAUUACAAAAAUGUCAAUUGAACAAGUGAUUCUGGAAGGCUGCUCAAGUUUCUUAAGAGGAUUUGACAUUACAUUUACAUGAGUGGAGAUGGAAAACGAGGCAUAGUGGUAAUAACAGGGUGGGGCCUUCUGUGGUAGUGCAUCCUUGUAAUGAAGGGUCUGAAAAAAUUAUAUUUAUCAUAUCAUAUAUCAGAGAACAGGAAGCUGAAGCAUCCAUUACCAUUUUAAAAUACCUUCUGGGGAAGGUUCUGUAGUCAGCCACCAGUAAAUGCAGUCUACUAGACUUUGGCAUGUCUGGUAAGAGCCAUGUUUGUCAAGAAGAGAAAAAAAAUGCUAGCCUUGGUCAUAGUAAUGCUCUGACCAGCUUGGUACCAUUUCCAAGACGUAGCCAGCAUUAUCUGCUUCCUGGGAAUAAAGCCUGCUGUAGACACUUACACUAGUUAUCGCCCUCGACCGUAACUUCCCUUUAGGCUCCACAGUUAGAUGGCACUUUAUGUCCAGGUGAAAAGUUUGUGUAAUUCUGUGUUACCCCUCGGGGUUCUUUUAAUUUUUUUUGAUGUUCAGUGUUAAAAGAUACUCUUGUGGAUAAAUGCCUAGUUCUCCUAGAAGCUCUGCUGAGAUGCUCUGGCCUCACUCGUGUGCUGCAGUGAGCUCUACAGGUUUGUUGCACAUGGAGGAGUGGAGAUUUGGGGGUUUAUACCGUUUUGAAUGUCCUAGUUCAAAGAGAUAAAGGCUGCAAGGGAUUAUGGUCUGUUGUGAUCUCUUUGCACUCCGGCCGUCGGGAUUGUACCUGCGUAUGCCUUUUUCCCCUCUAAACAGCUGUCUUGGCUUCUGGGAAGCUGUCGCAUUACAUGCGGCGAUAGCAUCUUUGACAUUUUGCCCCCAUAUGACAGAUGCAAUUUAGAGAUGCAGCAACAAAAUCAAAGCUCCUUUUAAAUGCUUCCUGAGAAGCAGUUAUGCAAUAGAGAAUGACAGAUGUCUCAUCAGAAAUGGCAGCUUACAUGCAGCAAAAUGACACUAGAGGUGUGUCAGAUGGGUGUCAGGAGAACAGUUUCUGGAGUAAAUCAAACUCUUCUUUGACUUUUACACUUUAUUUACACAGCUCUGAGUUCUAACUGAGCACAGUUACACUGUGUCUUCAUGUGUCCGGUUUUCUUCUGUUGGAGAGGAAAGAAUGGUCAUGCAUAAAGAUCCUCAAAAAUGCAGUUGCUGUGUCAACUGCUGUACAGUAAAACUACAAAUUUUACUGAAUUAAUAUACUAUUUUGUUUGCUAAAUUAAUUUCAUUCGUGAGAAGGAGGCUGUUUUGUAAGGAUUUCAGUAAAUCAGUAGUACUUAUUAAAUGUAGGAACUGAUCCUACUCCCACUGAAUUCAAUUAGAGCAGAUUUGAAGCUCUGGUGUAUUUUACAAACUAUAUUACAGAAUUUUUAUGCAUCUGAAAGCAAGGAUGAUGGUGAUGUUAUGUGGUAAAUGUAAUUUCCAGAGAGUGAAACCUGACACUGAUUUCUGAACAAUUUGUGAACUGUUCUUGAUGUAUUGAAUAGACGUGUGCACUUAAAUUUGUUUAAUGCAACUAAUUGAAAAUUAACAUGGAACAAUUAUGCAAAUGUCAUUGUUUCUCUCUAACUUUUUGUAGGACAAGAAGGUCAUUCAGAGGUUUUCUUGGUUUAAACUAGAGUCUGACAAUCACAAGGCUAUUUUAUCUCUUCUUUAUAACAUUUUUUUUAAAUAAUGCAGAGUCUACUCGUUAUUCAAGAGAGUAUCUAAAAAUAACUUUGUAGUGGUUGUUUGUAUUGUAUAGAUUGUAUUGUAACUGUUUAAUGUAACCACAUAGGAUUUCAUACUUUCAUAAAAUGAGUUGGUAGAUUUGCAGAAUAAAUUAAAAACAAAA